AUGAGGUACCUACAACAUUUUCUACAUCGGACUGGGGUAGACUCGGAGGUUUAUGUGAAGAAAAUAAUGGCCCAAGAAGCAAGACUGCGUGGUUGUUAUGAUGGAGAAGCCAGGGACUUUAAGAGUGAUGUAUUUGUAAGAAUCAUUUUUGUUGAUGCCGCCUUCAUCAUUGAGCUCUUAUUGAGGAACUUUUCCCAGCGUUUGGAGGAUGAUAAUGACUGGAUAUUCACUAAACCAUGGAUGUUGCAGAAUAUGGCGCCUGACAUGAUUUUACUUGAAAAUCAGCUGCCAUUUUUCAUUCUUGAAGAUCUUUUCGCAGAUGUCACUUCUAACUUGGAUAAUGCUGAGGACCUGCCUUCACUAGUAGAGCUUUCUUACAAGUUCUUCCAGAAGACGGUGCAUUUACAGGGGAAUGAAGACAACUUGAAGAACAUAAUUUCUUCUAGAUUGGAAGCAAAUCCAGUAAAACACUUUGUUGAUUUGAUAAGAACUUUACAUCUACCAUCUUUGAAGAGGUCACAAACUGAAAAGCCACUCGAAAGUACUCUAAAUACACCAUGCGCUAAGAAAUUACACCAGGCUGGUGUCAAGUUUCAGGUCAGUUCAAGCAAACAUUUGUUUGAUAUAUCAUUCAAUAUUGAUAAAGGUAUUCUGGAAAUUCCACAAGUAGAAAUACACGAUUACACGGAGCUUACACUCCGAAAUCUCCUUGUAUUCGAACAAUGCCAUUGCAUGGAGAAUCACAUAAGUGAUUAUCUUCGCAUCAUGGAUGGUUUUGUAAACACCCCAAUGGAUGUAGAUCUCCUUGUUGAGUACGGAAUUUUUGUGAAUACGCUCGGCGACAACAAUAAGGUUUCUAUUCUGAUUAACAAACUUUGCGUUGGGGUUUCUUCGAACAACGAAAACUACUACUUUGCUGAUCUUUCCAAGGAGCUGAGCAACUACUGUGGAAAGCCGUGGAACAAAUCAAAGGCAAGCUUGAAACAAAAGUAUUUCGACACACCUUGGGCAAUGAUUUCUGUCUUUGCAGCUGGUUUUCUCAUCGUACUCACCAUCAUACAAACAGUGUGUACUAUCAUCUCUGUCAUUAAUUAG